AUGUUGAGACCUAGAUAUAUAUCAUAUAGUUCAAACAUUACUUAAGGCGGAUUAUAAGCAAUCUAACAGUCAGUGAAUCAAGAAUAAUUUAGAAAUGGUAGUAGUACUAAAUAGUUAGCAUAAAAGUUCGUACCAUUUAUCAAAGAGAGGGAUAGCAUGAAUCGGUUGGUGACAAAAUUGCAAUCAAUAUCACCAGAAAGGACUGAGAGAAAGAGUUCAUGCGGAGUAGUUAACAAUAGCAAGGAGAAGUGGAAAUAAAAUUAGUAGGUUAGGAUAAAGAGUCCAACUAAGAAAGUUCUUAUAUAGAGUGAGCUUUCAUUAAGUAAACAGAGAAGUUUUUCUAAUGUUGAUAAUAAAUUGAAAUUAAUAUAGGCCUAUACGGAUAGACUUCAUAUCAAUUAAGAUGAAUCGAUUCAACAGAUUAAUAUGAAUCAGGAUGACAUAAACUUUUAGCUUCAAAUGAACAAUCAAGAGAACAUGAAAGUUAAUACUCAGAGAUCUCCAAUUAAACUCAGAGUUGUCAAAUAGGAUAGUUUACAUAGUGAUAUACUAAACAAGAAGAUUUCACAUUAGAAUUCAGAAAAAUUGAAAUUGUACAACCAAUUAGUUGAGAAGCAGAAAUUAAAUAAUAACGGAGAAAUUAGAAAAAGCGAUAUCAAGUUGCCAGCUUUGUUGUUUAAGCAAUACAUGAAGGAAAUCCUGGAUGGGAACCAAAAAAUUAAGGAGGUGAUCAAUUCUUAGGAUGAAAUUAAAUACGAAUUUCCUGCUGAAUUUGAAUAAAAGAUUAUUUAAAUGAAGAAGGAUGUGAGAAAGAUGAAAAAUAAAUUGAAAAAUUGGGAGAAGGACAGAAGAACAUCAGAAGACCUAAGGCAUUUGAAAGAAGUUGCUGAUUCUAUCAUUCAAAGGAAUGAAUGA